GCAAAGAUGAAAUAGCAAGUUCAGUUACAAUGCUUUUGCCUUUUGGUGCUCACUGUCACUGCUCAGAGAUACUGAAAAACCUUCACAGGCUUAACAAUUAAUGGUGGAAACUUUCUUUUGGAGAUGUUAUUUGCUCUUAGAUUUUUCAGCUCAGAAACUUGCCUUGAACUAUCUCCCGCUAGAUCUUACCAAGCUUGUGAGUCCCUUAAUCAAGUAAUAGCUAUGAAGAUGAGGUCUUAUUUGGAUAAAAACUCGAUGUCUGAAACCAACAUAGGAUCAGCCGAUUCACCUUUUUCUUGGCUUUAUCAUUACAACCCCACAUCCAAACCUGGCUUAAGCUCUCUGCAUCGACGCCAUGAACCUGGUCUUGUUGUUUCUCCCAUUCGCACCAUUUGUUCGACAACUGAAUCAGGGAACAAAAAUGAUUGGGAGACUAAAAUCACACAGGUGGGGAAACAAAAGUCUUCUGUGAAGGGCUCUAAUCAAAUAGCAUCCAAGGUUCUGGGGCCAAAGCAGCCCAUUAAGAAACCCUCUGUUCCCAAGAAGGCGAAGGGACCGAACAUUCCGGAAGCUAAACGUGAGAAGAAUAAUCUCAAUGUCGAUCUUGACAGAACAAAGUUCGAUUUCUCCGGGGUGCCUUCCCCCAUUUGCUCUUGUACAGGUGUUGCAAGAGUGUGCUACAAGUGGGGUGCCAGUGGCUGGCAAUCUUCGUGUUGUACCAUUAAUAUAUCGGAAUGCCCUCUUCCCAUGAGUCCCACCAGGCCGGGUGCUCGUGUGGCUGGGAGAAAAAUGAGCAAUGGGGCAUAUUUCAAACUUCUUCUGAGACUUGGAGCUGAAGGUUAUGAUCUUUCUCAUCCUGUUGACUUGAAAGACCACUGGGCCAGGCAUGGCACAAACAAGUUCGUUACGAUCAAAUAGAGAUGCAGAUGUCUGGUAGCUGCGCAUGAUAUUUAGUAGUUUCAUAAAUGUAUUACUCUGCUUUCUAGUUUGAAUGUAAUUUACGGCUUUCCCGGAAAACAUGAAUUCUGAAAAUAUUUGUAGCCAAGUAUUGGGUCCUCUGU